AUGGCGGCUCCUAGGUCGCGGAUGCUGGAUUUGCUAAAGGCCCAAUGCCGCAUUUUCUCCCACACGUUCAAUCCCGAAAACCUUCGACUUGGAAAUAAGAUCCUACGCCAAAGACUACGCGGAGCUACUCUUGCAUCAUAUUACCCUAGAAAGACCGUAACGUUUGAAGACCUCGAAAAGGUCUACCGACCCAUGGGCCUCACUACUUUCGAUCCAUUGAGGUCACAUCACGAGGAAAUGAAGCAAAUACGGAAACUCCGUGGAAAGGGAGCGCCAAAGAAGAAACGCACAGCUGCAGAGUCCAAAUCGGCGAAGAAGAAGAGGUAG